UUUAGGUGGCCGGCUGUAAAAUAAUCAGCGCAGACGCCGUCGAAACCUGGGCUAAACUCCAAUUCUUGUCCGCCCGAGAUUCGGCGACCCAGCAGCAAUCAUACUCAACUAGAGCGGGGGGGGACAAACUCUGAAUCAACUUGAUUACUAGUCGCUGUAUCUAGCUAUUUUCAUCUUGAAACAUGCUAGUGUAGAUAGCUAGCUUCAACCUAUUUCACAUUUUAUUAGCAAUGCUAAAGACGGACGGGAGAGCUAGAAAGCUUACAUUAGUUGCUAGCUGGUCAGGAAAAACACAGGACGUUGCGCUGGUUGUUUUACUCGUUAAACUCGCGGAUUCUUACCUGUGCAGUGAAGAGAAACUAGCCUACGCUAGCUAACAUCAGCAAGCUGCAUUGUCAACUAUUAUGUUGUUUUCAUUCGCAUUACAGCUGAGGGUUGACUGUUUAUUAUAGUUCAUGCUAUGUAACUAGCGUUUGACUUUCCUUCAUCCAAAGAGGACGUUCGGGUUGUUGCUAUAUAUCGGCGUGGCCGAAAAAGUUUGCUAAUCCCCGGACUAGAUUUUACCGUAUAACGUACUUGUAGGAACAAACCUCGCGUUGGGUAACGCUUUAACGUUAACUAACAGAGCCCUAUAACUUGACAGCUCAUCGUACCCACUGCACAGCUCAGUGUUAUUGGCGAAGCACUUUUGUACAUCCAGAGAGUGGAAUAGGCGCACCAAUGUAACGUUAACGUAGCUAGGUACUGUAGCUAGCUUGUGAAUGCAGUGUUAACGUUACUUUAUUCAGAUACGUGUGAAUCGAGAACUUUGCUUUUAACUCUACUUACAUAUUAUUGAUAGGUAGCUAUUUUUUUUUUUACUGACGAUUAACUACUUCAGCUAGUAGGUUAGCUAGCUAGUUAGCUAGCUAGAACUUUAGCUUGCUAACUAGCUAGCUAGUUUACGCCUUCGACACGUAGCCAGCUAGCCGCCAGACAAGGGUACUUAUGAUAAACGUUUUGAUAAGUUAGCUAGCUAGCUAACGUUAGCUAAAGAAACAAGAUAGCCCCCAAGAACAGAGGACAGAUGAACAUCGAGUUUUGAGAUUCUGUUAAGUUGUUACCCCCCCUCCCCCCGGAAAUUUAAGAUGUCAACCCGGACAGUAACCAGGACGGCAUUAUUAACAAUUGAACAUUCUUCAAACCAGUCUCCCUCUGAGUCCAAGGCAGGCGGGCGUGCCAAUAUGCCGCGGUGCCGGAAUUCUGUCCCCACGAUAGCAGACGAGCAGCCACACAUUGGCAACUACCGACUGCUAAAGACCAUUGGCAAGGGCAACUUUGCCAAGGUCAAACUGGCCCGGCAUGUCCUCACAGGGAAAGAGGUGGCUGUGAAAAUCAUUGACAAAACUCAACUUAACUCUUCCAGUCUCCAAAAGCUGUUUCGUGAAGUGAGGAUCAUGAAGUUGCUGAAUCAUCCAAAUAUCGGUGAGCUUUGUGCUGCCCUCUCUUUUUAAGAUUCUCAUCAAUCCCCAACCAAAUGACAGAAACAUGUUUGUGUUCUGCCUGAUUAUUCUUGUGCAGAUGCCUAUCUGAGAAUAUUGAGCAUAUACUAAGAAAUUGACAGCUAUGUUGUGAUGGGUGUUGUCUAGGGCUGGGCGGUGUACCGUAUUUUAACAAUAUUGAUGCACGGACCGGUUUGGGUUUUUACUUUACCUUCUAUAACGUUAUUUGAAUGUUUGUUAAAUGUGGUAUGUUGUGUGUAACUUCCAUUUUUAUAGUUUACUUCACUACUUGAGUCAUCACUCUCCCCCUCUCUCUCCAUAAAAAAUACUGUCCAUUUUUUUAACAAAUACCAUGAUAUGAUAUUUUGGCCAUAUCGUCCAGCCUUAGUGUUGUCUUGAUUGGAUUGAACUUUCCGCUCUUUUCUCUGUAGUUAAGUUAUUUGAAGUUAUUGAGACUGAGAAGACACUGUACUUGAUCAUGGAGUAUGCCAGUGGAGGUGAGGUGUUUGAUUACCUUGUUGCUCACGGGAGAAUGAAGGAGAAAGAGGCCAGAGCCAAAUUUAGACAGAUAGUUUCAGCGGUACAGUACUGCCACCAGAAGUGCAUUGUACACAGAGACUUAAAGGCAGAGAACUUACUCCUAGAUGCUGACAUGAACAUCAAGAUCGCAGACUUUGGUUUCAGCAAUGAGUUCACCAUGGGGAACAAGCUGGACACGUUCUGUGGCUCUCCUCCGUACGCCGCCCCGGAGCUGUUCCAGGGGAAGAAGUAUGACGGGCCCGAGGUGGACGUCUGGAGCCUGGGGGUCAUCCUCUACACCCUGGUCAGCGGCUCUCUGCCCUUCGACGGGCAGAACCUCAAGGAGCUGCGUGAACGGGUUCUGCGGGGGAAGUAUAGGAUUCCCUUCUACAUGUCCACAGACUGCGAGAACCUGCUCAAGAAGUUCCUAAUUCUCAACCCAACCAAGAGGGGCAGCCUGGAGCAGAUCAUGAAGGACCGCUGGAUGAAUGUAGGCCAUGAGGAGGAGGAGCUGAAGCCCUUCAUCGAGCCCCAGCCAGACUAUAAGGACCCCAAGAGGACAGAUAUCAUGUUGCAGAUGGGCUACUCUGCAGAGGAGAUCCAGGACUCGCUCGUCAACCAAAAAUACAAUGAAGUCAUGGCCACAUAUCUAUUACUGGAUUACAGGAACACAGAGAUGGACGAAUGUAUCAGUCUGUCAAUGAAAUCCCGCCCAGGAAGUGACCUCACAAACAGCAAUGCCCAAUCUCCUUCUCACAAGGUACAGCGCAGUACCUCAUCCAAUCUGAAGCCCCGGAGAGCAACAGAUGCAGGUUCUUCUGCUUCCAAGCGUUCCCAGGGCGACAACAAGCAGACAGCAGAGGAUUAUGGGAGGAAAGGUUCUGGCACUGGCAACUCCACUAAAGUCCCUCCCAGUCCUUUAGCAACAGCAGAUCGUAAGAGGAGCACCCCAACCCCCUCCACCAACAGCAUCCUGUCCACUGGUACGAGUCGCAGUCGGAACUCGCCGGUCCCUGAGAGGGCCACACUUGGGGUCCAGAAUGGAAAGGACAGCCUGACCACCCCAGGGUCCCGUGCCUCCACAGCCUCGGCAGCUGCCGUACUCUCCUCCUCCCACCCCCGACAUCACAAGUCCUUGUCCACCUCUGCUCACCCCAGCCCCCCAGACAUCCAUGCACACCGGCCCAGCACCGCCCCUCAGAGAGUACCGGUGGCGUCUCCUUCUGCCCACAACAUCGGCAGUUCCACGGUGACAGACCGUUCCAACUUCCCCAGAAAUGUGACCAGCCGAAGCACUUUCAGUGCCGGCCAGCAGAGGGCGGCACGGGACCAACAUACCUCCACUUAUAAUGGUCCCCCAUCAUCCCCUUCCCUCUCCUAUGGGAACAGCCAAGCCCGAAGAGCCGGGGGCACUGGUAUCUUCAGAAAGUUCACUUCUAAAUUUGUGCGCAGACCCAUGCUGACCACCACUGAGAAGCUGGAGAAGGUCACUCUGGGCUCUGUAGGAGACGAGAACAAGGACUUCCUGUCCUCCACCUCUACGGUACCCAGCACCCCGACUUCAAGCCUGACCUCCAAGGACCACAAGCCCCGCUCGCUGCGCUUCACCUGGAGCAUGAAGACCACCUCCUCCAUGGAGCCCAAUGAGAUGAUGAAGGAGAUCCGGAAGGUUUUGGACUCGAACAGCUGCGAGUAUGAGCUGCGGGAGCGCUACAUGCUGCUGUGCGUGUCUGGGAAUCCCGCCUGUGACGACUUUGUCCAGUGGGAGAUGGAGGUUUGCAAGCUGCCCCGCCUCUCCCUCAACGGGGUUCGCUUUAAGCGCAUUUCUGGCACGUCCAUCGCCUUCAAGAACAUCGCUUCCAAGGUUGCCAAUGAGCUCAAACUUUGAGCUUGUGGAUGAGUAGUGAUGAUGAUGAUGAUGAUAACAAGGAGUCGGCUGGUGGAAGGAGACAGACUGGAGCACGCAGGCAGAGAGGCUAAACUUUGACACAGAACUAUGUUGAGAGGGCGACAAAGGAGCAUGGAGAGACUUUUGGGUGGGGGGGGGGGGGUGCAAAGAGUUUAGGGGAGGUUGCGUGUAUAGACCUUUUAAGGGGAUUGUUAAUUUUCUUGAGGGGGUGUUCUUUUCGUUUGGGUUUUCUAUCCUCUCCCUCUGACUUUUCUGUUGUCUUCUAAGACAGUUUUGUUUCUACCUUAAACCUCACAAUCCUCUUUUUCCAAAAGGAAUUCAUUGAUGGAAAAUAUGAAAGGAAAUGAGUUAUAAAGCAAUGAACUGAUUGUGGGUUUAAUGAUAUAUAUUUUUGUUGCCCAAAAUAGCCCUGGACUCAGCCAGCUGUAACCCUCAGGCCCUUCUCUCUCCAUUAUCCUGCACCAAGGACAAACGGUCUAAACACCAUGUUACUGCAUCUUGCCCCUACUUUCAGCUGUCUGUUUUGAACAGAUGAAGAGACCUGCAGUUUGACACUCUGAAUGUACAACAUGAUUAGCAUAUUCACUACAAUGUAAAUUGGAUUUCACAUCAUGUUCUGAUUCUGAUCAGCUAAUGAAGGCUGCACAAGGUUUCUGCUUCAGUGUGGUGGUUCAGAAAGCCAUUUUUACAUCACAGCACAAUGUCUUACUUGAUGGUAAAGUGGAAGUGCAGACUGGAUUUACCUCUUUGCUCUGAUUACGAGCCUUCACCACCCGUUACCCCAAGCCCCUUCAAUUAGUUUUUGUUUUUCUACAGCAGGAGUAAUUUAUCUGAUGAACUAAUUAAGGGCCAAUUGAUAAUUAUUGGUGGAUUGUAAUGUAAUUAAGAGUUGCUGGUUGGUUUCAAUGUGCUGCACUGGAAUGUCUGAAUUCCCUUGCCUUUCUCUGGAGAAAAUAAUUAUUAAUAUUGUUAUUAAGAAUAAACAAAGUUGGAUGAUUUA